UUAUUCUCAUCCGUUUAAUCACGCUUUCCAUUAUAGAUUUCUGUAAUUCAUGCUCGAGAGAUACCACAUGAGUAUACAUAGUCUAUUGUUAUAGGUCAAGUGUGCGAUUAAAUCACUGUAGAUCAUAUUGUUAUUGUUAGUGUCAGAAGUGAUAGUGAAAAAUUUCAAAAAUGUUUCAACCGUUAAUUUCACAAUUAAACGGAUUAAGAAUUGUUUUAGCUAGUACAUCGAAACAACGUCAAAGUCUUUUAGCUAGUACGGAUCUUAAAUUUGAAGUAGUAGCUUCGAAUUUUGAAGAGAAUUUGGAUCCAAAAGAGCAUUCAUUUUCGGAUUUUGUUGAGGAAACAGCUGUCGGCAAAGUAAAAAGCGUCUACGAGCUUUUAAAACAUGACCAAAGAAAACCUGAUAUCAUUAUUGGAGUCGAUACUAUGGUGACAUUUAACGGAAAAAUAUAUGGCAAACCUAAAGAUGAAAACGAUGCUAUAAGAACAAUUAAAGAUUUGACUCAGUCGGGACUUCCGAACUCAGUUUAUACAGGAGUAGUAAUAUGGUACAAAGAGAAAUUGCACAAGUUCACGGAAGUUACUACCGUCCACAUGAUGAAAUUGACCGACGAAGAAAUAAUGGGUUAUAUUCAAACCGGAGAAUAUAAGGGCAAAGCAGGUAGUUAUGGGAUACAGGGGAUCGCCAGUACGUUUGUCAGUAGGAUCGAAGGCGAUGGAAACAACGUAAUCGGAUUACCUUUAUGUCGAUUGUGUUUUGAAUUAAAGAGGAUUCUCAAUGAAAAUUGAUCAAUAAUAUGUUUAAUUUAUAAGAAUACGAAUGUUUCGAACA